GAAGUAGCAUUCAGGGCUCAGGGAUUUUAAUAUUUCCAAUCGAUAUGCGGUAUCGUUUUUGGAAACACGUAAUUGCAUAAGUCUGUUUUACAAUGUGUUUUUUUUUUAUAAAUCAGUUGGACUUUCACCCAAUUAGCGUUGUGAUUUAAGGCGCAGCUAAUAAGAAAAUGGAGGAGUAUCAUUCUUGUAGCUGCUGCCUAGUGCGCCCUCCGGAGAAGGGCCUCAAGACGCUGUAUAAACAUCUCGGUAGAACAGAGGUUUAUUUCGAUAUGCUGAAAGACUGUUUCGAUAUAAGUCUAAGUUUAGGAAAUGACGAGUGCGGGAUCUGCGAGGUGUGCGUGGGGCGGCUGCGGGACGCGAGUGACUUCAAGCUGCAAGUGAAGCGCAGCCAAGCUGAGUUGCACGCGCGGCUCAAGGGAGUAAUCACUGCCAGUGACAAAUUAAAAAUCAAGUUAGAGAAAGCUACUGGAGAUGACGCCAUUUCGAGUGAAAUCAAACUGGAGAAGUCAGAGGUGGAGAUGGCUGAUGGCGAGGUCGUAUCAGUUGCAUUGUACGGAGGACCACCAGCUCCUUCAGCCCAACCCGUUCCUACCGCGUCCAACAACGUUUCGUUCGCACCGGCUCCAAGUGUUACCAACCUGGACUCCACCAAACCGGCUCUGGCUGCCAAACGUGGCACACACACGUGCGACAUAUGCCUUAAAACAUUCGACCAUCAAGCCCGGCUCAAACUUCAUCGCCGCUCCCACACUGGUGAGAAACCGUACUCGUGCAACGUUUGCGACAAAAAAUUUGCACAAAAGAGCCAUUUAAAUACUCAUUACGCUUACCACAUGGGGAAAUUCAAGUUUUCUUGUGAACUAUGCGACACACGUUUCACUCAAAAAAAUCAAUGGGUCAUACAUAUGCUGAUACACACUGGUGAAAAACCAUUCGAAUGUGACAUAUGCAAUAAAAAAUUUAGACAAAAGGGCAACUUAAACGUUCAUAAAAAAAUUCAUUUGAAAUAUGAUUACAAUAGCGUUGAGCCAGGAGAAAUAACUUCAUAUAAGAAAGAGUCGUCGGGCGAAUCGAAAAAUCAGUCUGCAGAAUACUUCACGUGUGAUAUAUGCAAAAAACGAUUUGCGGAAAAAAGCAGUCUAAACGCUCAUAUAAAACAUCACUCUGGAGAUUAUCCGUUCACUUGUGACAUAUGCGAGAGGAGAUUCAAUACGCAGUCUCGCUUGGAUAAUCAUAAACUGGAUCACACGGGGGGAAAACCUUUUAAAUGUGAUGAAUGCAGUAAGCAAUACACAUCAAAAAGUGCUUUAAGACUUCAUUCAAAAAUACAUACUGGGGAUUAUAGAUAUGCGUGCGAUGUGUGUAAUAAACGUUUCAUACAAAAAGAUGUUUUAAGACAACAUAUGCGAGUACAUACAGGUGAAAAGCCUUAUAACUGUGAAAUAUGCCAAAGGAGGUUCCCGUAUAGAUGUGGCUUAAAGAGUCAUUUAUUAGUCAAACAUAAUCAGGUUAUGGACAAACAAUUUUGCUGUGAUAUCUGUGGGAAGCGAUUUGCACUUCAGGGGACUCUAGUCAAACAUAUGAAUAAACACGCUGAGAAGGCAAGGGGAGAAAAGGCUCGACAAGAAGGAAGGAUGGAAGACCUAAAACCAUUUAUGUGUGAAAUAUGUAGCAAACGAUUUUCAACAAAAAGUAUUUUAAGAAACCAUAGAGAAAUACAUAAUGAAGAAAGACCUUUCGAGUGCGAAGCAUGUCACAAAAAAUUCCAAAUGAAGAAAUAUUUACAGGACCACAUGAAAGUGCAUGAUGACUUUAAACAGCAUGCAUGUGAAGUAUGCGGCCAACAAUUCAGGCACAAAUCUGCCUUAACAGUUCAUAUCCGACGAAUGCACACAGAAAACAGACCCCAUGCUUGCGAUGUUUGUAAAAAGGCUUUUCCAGUACUUGCUGAAUUAAAAGCGCAUUAUCGGGUACACACUGGUGAGAGACCGUAUGCUUGCGAGAUAUGCUAUAAGAAAUUUCCACGACAUAACGGGGUUAAAAGACAUCUUAUACGAGUUCACCAUGAGAAACCUUCGAAAUUUAUUAAAUUAAAGGAAUUUAACAAUAUCAACUGAAUUAGAAGACCAUCCUUGAGUUCGCACUGGGCACCAUGGAUAAUAGCUAGUCGAAUGAAGAAAUUUACAGUCUUACUUUGUGAUGGCGUGUAAUAUAUUAUUAAAAUAUAAUGAAAUUUUAAAGUCAAGUCAAAGAAAGUUGGUGUCAGUUGAAUAAUGGCGACAAUUCCUUAUAAAAUUUGCCUAGAACUUGUAAUGUGUCUGAAAAGAACCGCAUACCAAGUUUCCUUUUUUGACCGAAGCGUUAGUGAACGUCUCCGUUUUAACUCUGGCAUUUUGUUUUCGUAUGUCCGGUUCUUCUCUACAGGUUGUAAUUCUUAACCGAUUCUCGGGAAAUUUUGUGACCAGAUUCUAUGAUUAAAUAGUUUUUUUUGUUGAUCCAGUUAUUAGAAUGUUUUCAAUAUGCGGAAAUUUGUAUAAAGGUCCUAGGCGCCAAUAACGUCUAUGGCGCUUAAUACCAUUGUGAGUUCACUGUGAUAACGAUUCAACAAACUAAGUAUUUUUCACUUUUACAUUUUCUAAGCUUAACGCGAGAUUUACCGCUCACAGUGCCACUAGUUAACUACUAAGGAUCAACUGUUUCAAACAUUUUUAUUUAUUUAUUUAAAAAACCAAACGGUCGUAUAAACAUCGAAAAUGCUAUAGAAAAAAAUUACUGCAACAAAAAGACCUGGAGGUUCAUGAUUACAUAUAAAUGAUGUUAACUGAAAUAAGUUUUGUAGUUAUUUAUAUUAUGUUACUGCACGCACCAAUCAAUGCCAAUCAACCCGUUGGCUGAAGUAACUUAAGUAUUCUAUUAUCAAAUAUGUUAUAGUAUUUUAUGCAACAGUUGUAUAAGAAGGGUCAAAAAAGGCGAGUGGCGUGAGUUACAAUGUGAGCCGGAGCCGAAGGCGUAGGCGAACAUUGUAAAGGAAUACGCCACGAGAAUUUUUUGACCUACUUAUACAACGUUGCAUACAAUAUUUUUCCUACGAGUCAACAAAAAUAAAUCUUAAUUUAGGUAAACAAAUUACAGCAAAAGUAUAUAGCCAAGACGGGCGAGCAUACCUUGUUCCGCGCCCGGCCCGCCCCGGGCCGCGGCCGGCCGGUCAGCGACACCUUCUCGUAACUCAUGAGGCCCUGGUACUUGCUACUUGCUAAAUUAAUUUUUUGGACAGUUUUUUCUCAAUUUUGGCCACCGUAGCCUACGGAGACUAACAAGCAACGCUAAGCGGUCUUCGUAGUCUAUGGGUGUUGCUAUAUUACGGGUGUCACAUGCGUGUUUCUGACUUAUGAAGUAAUUAUUUUUACUAUGCAACCAAAUGAAUAUUUUGUAAGUUGGCAGCAAUGCACUUAGUUUAAAACUGUAUUCGUUUUGGUUUUGUUAGGUUGGUAGCCAUUAAUCGCAGUAACGUUAUAGCUUAUAAAAGCACAAGAGCUUUUAUGAGGAAUCGACAAUAUAGACUUUUCUUGAAAUCUUUUAUUUAUGUUCUUAUAUUCGUGUUAAUGAAUGCAUAAAUGACAGAUAACAGUAGAGGAGUAGGAAAUAGUAUUUUAUGCAACAGUUGUAUAAGAAGGGUCAAAAAAGGCGAGUGGCGUGAGUUACAAUGUGAGCCAGAGCCGUAGGCGUAGGCGAACAUUGUAAAGGAAUACGCCACGAGCAUUUUUUGACCUACUUAUACAACGUUGCAUACAAUAUUUUUCCUACGAGUCAACAAAAAUAAAUCUUAAUUUAGGUAAACAAAGCAAAAGUAUAUAGCCAAGACGCGCGAGCGUACCUUGUUACGCGCCCGGCCCGCCCCGGGCCGCGGCCGGCCGGUCAGCGACACCUUCUCGUAACUCAUGAGGCCCUGGUACUUGCUACUUGCUAAAUUAAAUUUUUGGACAGUUUUUUCUCAAUUUUGGCCACCGUAGCCUACGGAGACUAACAAGCAACGCUAAGCGGUCUUCGUAGUCUAUGGGUGUUGCUAUAUUACGGGUGUCACAUGCGUGUUUCUGACUUAUGAAGUAAUUAUUUUUACUAUGCAACCAAAUGAAUAUUUUGUAAGUUGGCAGCAAUGCACUUAGUUUAAAACUGUAUUCGUUUUGGUUUUGUUAGGUUGGUAGCCAUUAAUCGCAGUAACGUUAUAGCGAUUAAAAGCACAAGAGCUUUUAUGAGGAAUAGACAAUAUAGACUUUUCUUGAAACCUUUUAUGUAUAGUCUGUCAAGCAAAGUCUGUCAGUAGCAAUGUAAAGCAAACUGAAGUAUGGCAACACUCACAGAGCAGUAUUGCGCUAAGAAAAGCAGCAAUGUACAUCGAACCGAAACAUAUUUUUUUCCGCUGAGCGCGCUCUUCGUACGUCAACUAAAAUUGCAGCUCGCGGUUUAUUGAAGCAUUUGGAAAUUGUUAUUAUUAUGAGAGGGACAAUUUAAACUGGAGUAAAAACGAUGUCAAUCAAUAUGAUAAACGAGAUCAAAAAAUACCUAUUUGCAAACGGACUAUGCUGGAGAAAAUAAUGUUUGAAUCAAGUCAUUGCUUCCGCAGCAAACUUAGAAGACAAAUAGGGAGCAAAGAGAACAUGAGCACCACGGUAGAAAGCUGUUUUUAACAUCAGUUCAGAAACUGAAGAAGCCCAAAGAAAAUAAUUAUGCCACUUGUUAAUUGUAAAUUAGUGUAUUUCUCUUGAACAAUGUCACAUUCACAUACCAGUGUAAUUUUGAAAUGGUUUUACAAUAUAUUUAUAUAAAUAUACAGAUUAAAAAUAAAUAAAACACAACUGCAGAUAU